CAGGGAAAGUGGCUCAAAUGCGCCUUCUGUCAGCGUGGAUGUGAACCAACAACCGAAGAGGAGAUAAAGCAUCCACGGGGAGAACAUUUCUCUGACACUCUAUGUAUUGGAUUAUUAAUUAAGUUUGCAUUUAAUUAUUUUUUGUGGUGUAGGAUUGUCGUUCCCUCGUGUGCACCUGCUCUGCCGGACUCGCGCGCCGACUGAACCAGACUUUGUUUCAUCUGUUGGUUGAAAGUUUGAAAACAAGGUGAAUGUAUAGCAUGAUGAUGGAGACGGACCUCCAGUCCCCUGGACCCCAAACGAACACACAUUUGGGGCAAACGGGGCCGAACAGUGGGUCCAAAGCGAAUCAGGACCGGGUGAAGCGUCCGAUGAACGCGUUCAUGGUGUGGUCCCGCGGGCAGCGGAGAAAGAUGGCCCAGGAAAACCCCAAGAUGCACAACUCUGAGAUCAGCAAGCGGCUGGGAGCCGAGUGGAAGGUCAUGUCCGAGGCGGAGAAGAGACCCUUCAUCGACGAAGCGAAGCGGUUACGAGCAAUGCACAUGAAGGAGCACCCGGAUUACAAGUACAGACCGAGACGGAAGACCAAGACGCUGCUGAAAAAGGACAAAUACUCUCUGGCCGGUGGCCUGCUCUCUGGGGCCGGCGGCGGUGGAAUGGGUCUGGGUGUCGGGAUGGGUUCAUCCGGCGUCGGCCAGAGGUUAGAGAGCACCGGGGGCCACGGGGGCUCCGCCAGCUCAGGCUACGCUCACAUGAAUGGCUGGGCGAACGGUGCGUACUCGGGGCAGAUGGCUGCAGCUGCUGCGGCGGCGGCGAUGAUGCAAGAGGCGCAGUUAGCUUACAGCCAGCACCCGGGCAGCGGGCAUCACCACCACUCACACCACCACCACCACCCGCACAACCCCCAGCCCAUGCACCGCUACGACAUGUCGGCACUCCAGUACAGCCCCAUCUCGAACUCUGAGGGCUACAUGAGCGCAUCUCCGUCCGGCUAUGGCGGGAUCCCCUACACGCAGCACCAGAGCUCUGGCGUCUCCUCCUCGGCUGCCAUGGGCACGUUAGGGUCGCUGGUGAAGUCAGAGCCGAGCGUAAGCCCUCCCGUUAGCACUCACUCCAGGGGCCCUUGCCCCGGAGACUUGAGAGAGAUGAUAAGCAUGUAUUUACCGACCGGAGAGCCCGGGGACCCGUCGGUGCAAAGUAGACUCCACGCAUUGCCGCAGCAUUACCAGAGUGCGACGGCUGGGGUGAACGGAACGGUUCCAUUAACGCAUAUAUAGAUUAUUUAUAUGACUAUGGAAACUGCAGACAGAAUACAAAAACCCAUAACCAAAUAUUUACUUAUUUUUUAAAUGAUCACUGAACUACCUGCAUUUUGUUCAGAAUGUUUAUGGUGUUCUUGUAAAUUAAAAGUAAAUUAGCCUAUCCUUUCCCCUUUUGGAGUAUACACUCUCUUACGAACAGGAUAUGAGUUCAGAUACUGGUUGUUGUGUUAUCAUUUUGUAAUUUUUUUAUUAACCACACUUGUGGUUGAGGGCGAUGCCAACCAAAUUAAUGAACACAUUUGCUUAACUAUAAUCGAAUUAUUUUUGGUUCACUGUAAGUUAUUGAAAAAUAAGAACAUGUUUUCCAUAAUCAUGAAAGAUGGUUUUAAAGAUAUUUUCCCCCAUUUAAUAAUUCCCCAAGAGAUUGUAAACAUUUCCGUUUACACUGUCUAUUCAUGAUCAUAAUUAUAUCUUCUUAUUGUAAUAAUUAUUGUAAAUUGUGAAUAAUUUGAAUAUUUUAAAAGACUGACGCGCAACUGCUAUUGUAUAAUUUACGAAAUGCAUUUCUGCUAGAGAGAGGUUCUGAUAUUGGGCUGAAUUACAAUUUAAAUAAAUUUCACACAUAUGUUGCUCUGAU